ACUCGACGGCAAGGCGAGGAAACUCCAUCCAUACUCCACUCCAUCUUGGGUUUAUCCACGAGGGUUGUGAAUUGCAUUAUUUUUGUUGCCGUUUAUUUUCCGGCCGUCGCAGUCUCAGAGAAGCUCAGCAUGCCAUCCAGUAACCCGUUACCGCCCAAAGAAAACGCACUCUUCAAGCGAAUAUUGAAAUGCUACGAGCAAAAGCAAUACAAGAAUGGGCUCAAGUUUGCCAAGCAGAUCCUGACAAACCCAAAAUAUAGUGAGCAUGGAGAGACACUGGCCAUGAAGGGCCUUACCCUCAACUGCCUGGGUAGGAAGGAAGAGGCGUAUGACUAUGUGAGGAGAGGGUUAAGAAAUGACCUCAAGUCACACGUCUGUUGGCAUGUCUACGGGCUUUUGCAGCGCUCGGACAAAAAGUACGACGAAGCUAUCAAAUGUUACCGCAACGCCCUCAAAUGGGAAAAGGAUAAUAUUCAGAUAUUGAGAGACUUGUCCCUGUUGCAAAUUCAAAUGCGAGACUUGGACGGUUACAAGGACACAAGAUAUCAACUUUUUAUGCUUAGACCAACGCAGCGUGCUUCGUGGAUUGGUUUUGCCAUGGCUUAUCAUUUACUCAAGGACUUCAGCACGGCAUUAAGAAUUCUUGAGGACUUCAGGAAAACUCAGGCUCAAAAGAGCACUUUUGAUUAUGAACACAGUGAGCUACUUUUAUACCAAAACAUGGUCCUUCAUGAGUCUGGAGCGUUGCAGGAAGCCAUUCAGCACCUUGACCGCUACGCAGACCAAAUCUGUGACAAACUCUCAGUCCUAGAUACCUACGGCCAUCUCUAUCUGGAAACGGGCCGUUUUAAGGAUGCUGAGGCUAUCUAUAGAAAAUUGUUGCUCAGAAACCCCGAGAAUACGGAGUAUUACAAACUACUUCAGGACGCCCUUCAGCUGACCAACCCCGACGACAAGUUGAAACUGUUCGAAGAAUACCGGGAAAAAUUCCCUCGAGCACAGGCUCCGCAGAGGCUGCCUCUGGCUUUGGCCUCUGGCGAGCAGUUUAAAAUUUUAGUCGACCGGUACUUGAGGAAAGGCCUGCACAAAGGUGUGCCUCCUCUGUUCGUUGAUCUGCGCUCUUUGUACAAAGACCCGGAGAAGGUUGAAAUUAUUCACAAUCUGUUGCACCAGUACAUAAAUAGCCUCAAGACGUGUGGCAACUUUUCCUUAAGUGAGUCUGAAUUGCCAAAUGAACCUGCCUCUGCUUUGUUGUGGGCUCUGUACUUCCUGGCCCAGCAUUAUGAUUACCUUGGAGACACCAAUAAAGCCCUUGAAGCAAUCAAUGCAGCAAUCGAUCACACACCUACACUCAUUGAACUCUUUGUUGCAAAAGGGCGAAUUUUUAAACAUGCUGGUGAUUUGAUAGAAGCCUACAAGUGGAUGGACGAGGCUCAGGGACUUGACACUGCUGAUCGUUACAUCAAUUCUAAAUGUGCCAAGUACCUUCUCAGAGCAAAUCUUGUCAAGGAAGCCGAAGAGAAGUGUUCUAAAUUCACAAGAGAAGGUGUAACUGCCAUGGAGAAUUUGAACGAAAUGCAGUGUAUGUGGUUCCAAACUGAAUGUGCCCUAGCAUAUCAAAGAAUGGAGCAGUGGGGAGAGAGUUUGAAAAAGUGCCAUGAAAUAGAUAGACAUUUUUCAGAAAUAAUAGAAGACCAGUUUGACUUCCACACAUACUGCAUGAGAAAAAUGACUUUGCGUUCAUACGUUGGUUUGCUGAGACUCGAAGAUGUGCUUCGGUCGCACCCAUUUUACUUCAAGGUAGCAAGAUGUGCCAUCCAAGUGUAUCUGAGACUCCAUGACAAGCCGUUGACAGAUGACUCGGAGCAGCAGGAACACAACACCGAAAAUCUGGCUCCGGGCGAACUGAAGAAGCUGCGCAACAAGCAACGCAAAGCCAAGCGCAAGGCAGAGAUGGAGAAGCAGCAGGCGGCGCAGGCACAGGAGAAAAAGGAGCAUCACAACAAGUCAAGACAGCAGACCGAGGCAGAGCUGGACGCUCCGCCACAGGACGAACUGGUGCCCGAGAAAUUGGAAAGGACUGAGGAUGCCCUGGCGCAAGCAACCAAGUUUCUAACACCCAUGCAGCAAUUGGCUGCCUCAAACAUCGAAACUCAUCUUAUGGCCUUUGAGAUUGCUAUCCGAAAAGGCAAGCCUUUGCUAAUGCUGCAGUCAAUAAAGCGAGCUUACCGCAUCGAUCCCGAAAACGCGAUUUUGCACUCGUGCCUGGUGCGCUUCCUCACCUUCCUUGGCAAAGCCGGCACGCUCGACCUGGCCGUCUCACAAGUCAUCCAAACUGAGACAAAGUCCAUUUUUCAGGCCAGGGACGCCAGGCAAAUGAAUGCGCAGUAUUUGGCUCGCCACGGUCGCUCCUUGCCUGCCCGUCUUGAAGUUGCCCGAAUGAUGUACCUGUUGGAUCCGUCGUGUCAAGAAUCAGCAAUCUCACUAGCAACAGCUCUUGACUCGGGGCUUGAGGAAGUCAAUUUAAAGAACUGCUCAAGUGUCCUGCUUGCACUUGUGAAUGGCGAUUUUGGCUCGUGCGAGGCUCAAGCCAAAGAUUACAAGACACGAUGCCACCAGCGAUUCCCUUAUGCUUUGAUUUUUGGUUUCCCAGUGCCUGAGUCAUUAGUGGCGUUGGCCUCGUCGGAAAACAACUCAGACUCAAUCCACAACCACGAAAACUGCAUAAACUGAAGAGCGGCAGAUUCAAGCUAAAUUCCUCUUGUUUCCUUCAUUGUUUAUGUGUAAAUUUUAUUUGUUUAUAACUGAAUUAUUAAAUAUGAAAUGUAUUGCUGAUUCUUCUGAAAGCGGCGCAGAUAUGGUGAAAAACAUUCAGCUAUUCGAGCUUGACAAGCGCCAAAAUACCAGUUUCGCUCUUUAAAAAUGAUAAACGAGAUAAGCAUUGCCCAUAUAAAGAAUAUUUUCAAUCGUUAAAUUUUCAAACCUUAUUUUCUUCAUAAAACAUGUUAAAAUUGCAUUUAACAAUUAAUUUAUUGAAGGAAUUGUAUUAGAGGGGUUAUUGUAUGUUUUUUUUUUCAGUGAUCAACUUUUCCGAGGAAAAUUUAAUUCUUUUAUAGAAAUAAGAUAUUUAUUUGGUCUAAUUUUACAAGUCCGGAGACUUUUCGGCUGGUAUUUAUUACAACUGUUAAUUAAUAUAAAGUUUUCAGUAAGAGUUAAAAGAGUGCUGAGAGGCUUGUCAAGCUUGGAGCUAUUCAAAUAAGAGUCGGCUUAACCUCUGAUUAUUACAAUUAAUGCCGGUGCCACUAACAUUUUGGACAUUGUGCAUAUUGUCCACGAAAUAAUUGAAAAACAAUGCUGUUUUCUUAAUUUUUUUCGUAUGCUGCAAUUAUUGCAAAUGAUUUCAGCAUCAAUUUGCUGCCACAAGUACUUUUUGGCACCCAAAGUAAUUCUCAAUUGUUUACUGUCCGUGUCUUCUUUUUUGCCGACUGCUCACUUUGCGGUGAGCAUGGGUUACAAGUGGGCUACAUUAGCUCAAAAACUGCUAGCCUGUCCCUAUAAUUAUUGAUUGUAAAUUAAUUAAUUGAAAUCCAAUCACGGAUGAGUUUUUCACAUUCAAAUUUUCUAAAAUCUUUACCACCAUUUCUGCGCGUUUUAGGACUUGUUAGUUAGAGGAGAAGCCGUUUCUUCACAUUUUGUAAAAAAUAAAAACUGUUUGAAUUGAUUUGUGAAGAAUAAACAAUAAUUACUGCAA